AAUGACUCAUUAAGAUCAUUAGAAUGAUUGCAUUCGAUUUGUUACAAUGAGCAAAGAUAUUAAAGAAUUCAUACAAGCUUAAGAUGAACCAUGUAAAUAAAUAAAAGAAAUAAUUGAUAAAAUAAAGAAUUCACUUGAUUAAAUUUACAAAAAAAAAGAGCAAGAGAUUACAAAAUUAAAAAAUAUGGACUAAUAACUUGGAAAUUAAGAGUAUUAGAAUUUAAAAUCUGAAAUAAACAUAAUCUAACAGUUUUAUUCAAAAAAAAAAGAAAAUGAAACAAGUAUCAAUUUGAGUAAUAUUAAUAGAAUAACAAAUAAUCGAAUUGAAUAAAAUUUUUAAUGCCAUUAAGGAUAUUGUAAAUGAUGAAAUUAAUUCUAAAGCUAACUCUGGCAAUUCAAAAAAUAUUAAAAUUGUAGAAAUUACUGAGAAUAAUGAUACUUGUAAGCAAUUAUAGGCAAAAUCAUUAUUUAUUGAAGGUAAAAUUUAUGAAUAAAGUAAAAUAGGGGAAUAAUUAACUAAGACUAGGGAAUUUGAACAGGCUUUGAUUAAGUUUGAUGAUUCAAUAAAUUAAUGUAGUAAUGAUGUCGAUGUUUAUAUAUGGAAAGGUAACACUAUUAAUUUUUAUUAUCAUUUAGGUUUUGCAUUAAACAGUUUAAAUCGAUAUGAAGAAGCGAUUAAAUGCUUUGAUAAAACUAUAUCAAUUAAUUCAAAAAAUGAUAUAGCAUGGAACAACAAGGGUAAUAGUUUAUAUUUAGUAUCAUUUAGGUUACGCAUUAAACUGUUUAAAAAGACAUUAAGAAGCAAAUGAGUGUUGUGAUAAAGCUUUAUCAAUUAAUCCAAAUAAUGAUAUGGCAUGGAACAAUAAGAGUAAUGAAUUUUAAAACAUUAUUAUUAAGGUUUCGCUUUAACAAGUUUAAGAAUCUAUUAAGAAGCAAUUCAGUGUUGUGAUAAAGCUAUAUCAAUUGAUCCAAAUAAUCAUUUAGCACUUAUUAAUAAAGGUAAAAUAUUCUUUAACAUAGGAUUUGCACUACAUGAAAACAAUCAAUAUUCAUAAGCAAUAGUUUGUUAUGAUUAAGCAUUAUCUAUUUGUGAUCCUCAAAUAUCACAAUUAAAAGGUAUGUCAUUCAAUAUAAGUGCUUUAGCUGAUUCCGAAAUGAAAAAAAAGAGCCAAAUUUAUCAACUUUAUUGA